AUGAUAGAGGACACUAUGUACAGUGCAAUGAGAGAAGUUCUGUCCAAUGUGGAUUGGGAAAAUAUUCAGGACCAAAAUAUUCAGGAAGCAUGGGGCAUUCUUAGUGACAAGCUGGAAAGUGCAAUGCACGAGGAACAAACUGCGAACCCACACAAGAAACCUGAGACAAAUAUUCGAGGAAGCGCUUGCAAGCGAAUAAAGACCAGUUCCAGAGCGUUUUGGAAGUAUACCAAGUCAAGGCUAACAGUGAAAAGCGGUGUCGGUGAUCUCAAAGACUGUGAGGGUGAAGCACAUACUGAAGAUGGCGCCAAGACAGGACUUCUAAAUGACUUCUUUUGUAGUUUAUUCACAAAAGAGGACACUUCGAAUGUGCCAGCAAUGGAGGAUAAGAUCCUUAAAGAGGUCGCACAGUUCAUAACAAAAAUAACAAAACCGCUAACGAUAAUGUACACCAAGUCAGUUGAGUGUGGUAACCUCCCAGCGCAAUGGGAACAAGGGCAAGUCGCCCCUAUUUUCAACAAGGGAGAUAGAAGUAUGGCGGGUAACUAUCGACCAGUCAGCUUAACAGCAAUGCUCUGUAAAAUCCUGGAGUCCAUCAUCAGGAAGGCAGUGAUGAGGCAUAUGACGGAUUACAAAUUGUUCUGUGACGAGCAACAUGGAUUUGUGCCUCACCGGUCAUGCAUGACCCAGCUCCUAGUGUGUCUAGAUGAGUGGACUGUAAUUUCUGAGGAAACGAGGGGUUUAUUCAUAUUCGGUCUUUCCUAUGGGGGAUAG